CUAGAGGCUCAGCGAAAACUCCGUGGGGCUUUCGGCCGGCGAGAGAGGCUGUCGGGGCGCACUGGCCAGACGGAGUCCUGUUUCCACAACUGCCCGGAGAGACGGCCUAGAAGGCGGACAGACAGACGGCAGGGAGGGCCAGUAUGACCCCCGUCCUGCAUCCCGCCUUGCCCCUGCUCCUGGUCGCCACGCUGACCUUCCGAGCGCUCCGGCGAGCCCUCAGUCGCCUGCCCCUGCCGGCGCACGUGCGCACCGACCCCCUGCGCACCUGGCGCUGGCACAACCUCCUCGUCUCCUUCACCCACUCCAUUGUGUCAGGGAUCUGGGCACUGCUGUGUUUAUGGCAGACUCCCGAGAUGCUAGUGGAGAUGGAGACAGCGUGGUCACUUUCUGGUUAUUUGCUCGUUUGCUUCUCCGCAGCUUUGUGUCUGUUAGGAUACUUCAUCCAUGACACAGUGGACAUCGUGAUUAGUAGCCAGACUCGGGCCUCUUGGGAAUACCUUGUUCACCAUGUCAUGGCUAUAGGUGCCUUCUUCUCUGGCAUCUUUUGGAGAAGCUUUGUUGGUGCAGGUGUCCUGACACUACUGGUGGAAGUCAGCAAUAUCUUCCUCACCUUCCGAAUGAUGAUGAAGAUCAACAAUGCCCAAGAGCUUCUCCUUUACAGGAUCAACAAGUACGUCAACUUGGUCAUGUACUUUCUCUUUCGCCUGGCACCUCAGGUCUACCUCACCAAAUUCUUCCUGCAAUAUGCAGGCCAGAGGAACCUGGGCGGCUUUCUGCUGAGCAUCUUGCUCAUGUUGGAUGUGAUGAUCCUCAUCUACUUUUCCCGCCUCCUACGCUCUGACUUCUGCCCUGAGCCAGUCCCCAGCCGGCAACACAAAGACAAGUUUUUGACUGAGUGAGAGGUGAAAGGCCUGGGACAUGGGGCAAAGGACAAAAAUCACAGCCAAGAACUGGAACAGACUCACAUAAACCGGGACUCUGCCUCAAGUGUGGGCGUCUUCUGGGGCCACCUUGAGCCUGCACCCACACUAUUGAAACACUAAUGAAAGCACUCCUCUCAAGUCUUUUUGUUUGGCAAGGGAUGAGGGAAGCAGUCAGACCGGUUGGACAUGGUAGAUGGGGGUGAUGACCCAAAAACCAGGCAACCCACACUGCCAUGUCAUGCCAAUGACAGCUCUGCUGCAUCAAACUGCCUUUUCACAUGUAGCCCCUUCAAGGGAUAGAGUGGUCUCUUACAAAGCUUGUUCUCUUAUCUCUGUGAUGGGAUAGGGAGUAUGUCCAAGUUGUUCUAGGACAAUUAAUAAAUACCUCUGGGGCCUGAGUAGAGGUCUUGCAAAGGGUUGGGAAUGUGGGUUUGAAGGUAAAGCAGUUUACUACCAAGCUCAAUGCCAUGGGUUUGAU